CCUGCCUGUGACUGAAAAAUACUGGUUUGUGUCAUCCCUAGUUGUCAGGCGAUAUUGCUGCAGCUAUUGCCAAAAUUUGAGUUAGUUCAGGCAGGCAAAUAUCUAUGUGUGCGAGUGAGACAGCAUCUGAUCUCUCAAGGGCCUUAGCUGAAAGCUUUAUGCAGAAGCAGCGCCACCUCUGCUUAGCUUGUCAUUUGCGUGAAGGUUACAGUUAGAAGGUUGCAAACAAUAACACGCCAGGCGAUUUUUGCUCAAAUUUUCUAUUUAAAAGGGCAAUUUUCUACUGUGGACCUUAUGAGCAAGUGGUAGAACGACUUUGAUGGCUUUUCCUCAAACCAAUGUCCAGCGAGAAUUGACGCGCAAUAAAAUUCUGGAAGAGCUACAGAUUCAAAAGAAGCAGCUGCUGUUGAAGCAAGGAUCUACGCCCUCGAUCAACUCUUCACCCCUGUCCAGCGUGGCACCCAGCCUAAACCCAGAGGGGCAUUCGAUGAACUCUCAUCAACAGCGCGCUGCUUUGCAAACCGCUCACGCUCAAUCGAUGGGCUUUUUCAUAUCCCAAGACUCGUUGUUUGGAAACUUGAUCUUGCCCGUGCUGCCACGCUUCGCAAAAGUAAUGUUUCCCUGCCUGAGGCUGCGGAAAAUUGCGGAACGUUUGCAGAGCAUUGAGGAGUUUGAGCGCCCCAAGGUCCAGUUGGAACAGUAUGUAACUCCCGCCCAUCUUGGCUCGCAUAUGCUGCACACUAUUCAGGCUCAAUAUGGGGAUCUGCGCGGCAAACUUGUAGCCGAUCUGGGCUGUGGAUGCGGCGCCUUAUCAAUAGGAGCCGCCUUGUUGGAUAGCUAUUUAGUGGUGGGGUUCGAGAUCGACGAGGACGCAAUUGAGGUUCUCCAGAAGAACAUUGAAGAUCACGAAGUGACUACCAUUGACGUGGUGCAGUGCGACGCGCUCAAUAUCCCUGAGAGGUUCCACAAGCAGUUCGACACCGUGUUGAUGAACCCACCCUUUGGAACCAAAAACAACCAGGGCACUGACUUGCGGUUCUUGGAAGCAGCAGUGAAGCUCUCGAAGAGUUCGGGAACUGUGUACACCUUGCAUAAAACCAGCACCAGAAGCCACGUACUGAAGCACAUCAGCUCCUUGGGGGCCAAAGGUGAAGUGCUAGCGGAGCUACGCUAUGAUCUACCUGCCACCUACAAGUUCCACAAGAAGGCUUCAGUAGACGUUCAAGUGGACUUUUACCGAGUGUUGUGUUGAGUGCAGCAGUUAACAAACCGAGACAAUGAGUGCGGAAUUCAGUCGCGAUCACUGCAAAAUUGCAGUGGUCAAGAUCCUGCAAACUAUCGGAUGGCAUUCGAUCAACACCACGCCUUUGGAAGUGCUCA